AUGCGAACAACGUGGGAGAACGUUGUUGAAUCUACCAAGGGACUUGGUGAUUUUCUACACUUGGAUCAAACGACCUCGUACGACGAGGCCGAAGAACAAUUCAUCAAAACCGAUGCAAUUAACUUCCACCCAUUGGCUCUGAAGCCAUAUAAGGACCCGGAUGAAGCAGCGACGAUGUGA